AUUGUGCAAUCGAUCGACGCUAUCGCUAGAUAUCGCAAGGAAGGAAUUCUGCAAACUUUUUAGGAUGAAACUCUUAAUGACUGCAGUUAUGGAAUAUAACUGAAUAUAAGAUUUUUAAAUUGAUUCGGUGUAUAAAAAAAUGAUCUGGAAAAUCAAAGAUGCCUAUCACAAAGAUUCCUAUCAUUCACAAAUUUGGCAUCAUUUCCCAGAGUCAAAGAGAUGAACUGCAAGAACGAUUGCUACAACAGAGUGUCUACCAAGUCUCUAAAACUUCUCAUAUUCCACAGACAACAAGAAAUCCAUUAGAGCUUACAGAAUCAUUCAUCCAACAAUUUAAUAACACAUCAAACCUUGAAGAGAAGGAUAAAAAUGAAGAUAUUGCUCUUAAAUUACUCACAAGAAUAAAGAGAAGAGCUGGUCUGAAAGAUGGUGGAAGAGGUAGUCAUGUUGACAUCCCAAGGGCAUGGUCAGAGCUGUCCAUGUUGGCACAGUGCAGAGGGAAGGUGCAGGAGGAAUGCCUUGAUGCACUGAUUGUUUCUUUGAGACAAGCAGAGUUUUCUGUAGACCAUAUACCAAGCCUUUUCUACCUAGCGGAGACCACUUUGUACUGGCUGAGAACAGAUGCCAUGGAUCAGCCAUUUCUUAGGAUAGGAGAAAUUAAACUGCUCAAGAUGGGUCAGGCAGUGUUCUUGAGAUUGUUUUAUCAUCAUAUGGCAGGCCAUCUGCAGGGAAGAUCAGAGUUUAAGUCUAGACUGCUCACAUACUUAUCAGCUAUCACACAGGGGUUUGCAGAGAAUGAAGAGGCCUACAGUCCCUACCCAGGUGCACAUCUUUGUUUGAGACUGAUAGCAUCAAUUGGUAAAAUGAUUGUAGGUGAGGUAAUGAUGGAUGAACUCAAGAAACAUCCUGAAGAACUCAGGAGAGAUCUUUCUGAUGUCCAAGAACACCCAAAGGAUGAUCUUCGAGAAACAGAAGUCAAACAGGCCCGUGCCCCAUCCAGCCCACCCAACUCCAUCACCCACCCUGAUGUCCCUAGGAGCACCCCAGUGAGACACACUCAAAAGAAUCCACCCCUACCCCAACCAAUCAGCCAACCAAACACCCGUCCAAACACCAAUCACCGAUCCAGACCCAACACCCAGCCUACUCCAGCCCCACAACAAGCCCCCCAUAGGCCAGAUACCUACACUAGUAGUAUCCAUGACCUAAGCCCAAGUCUCUGGCAUGCGUUAGAUGUGUGGCGGUGUACAGUUCAUCUCAGCUCAGGGUUUCCUGAAGCGGUCAAAGCUUUGUCGUUAUGUGGGACUACACUAGGCUCAGAGCAUUGGGUGGAUGCAGUGUGUGCCCUCUUCAUCAUCUCAGAAGCUGCCAAAGGCAACAUGAAAGUGAUGAAAACCCUUCAAAACCUAGCCAAAGGAAUGGUCCCUGGAGCCUCUGCUCCUAGAGAUCCUACACCACAUAGGACACCAGGUAGCAGAGCCAGCCAGACAGAACGUUUUGAUGAUCUUGGGGACGACAUCGACCUGGGUGGUUUAGGUGAUUCAGAAGGAUCAGAAGACGGCAGUAAUAUCAGCUCAAAAGGGAGUUUUAGUGACAAUCAAUCAGUUGAGAUCAGACUGACAGAGAUGCUGGACUCAAAGAUGGAGCUACGCAGUGACUCUAAGUCUAAGAAAUUCAGUCUAGAUUCAGACAUGUCUUUAGGAAUGAAGCAACCUAGUAAUCUUAGUAGCAACUCACUUCUUAAGUCAACAAGUCUUAGGAAUACCUCAGUGGCUGUUAACAUUGAUAGUCCACAGGACAAGAGAGCAGCCUCUUUGAGUGAUAGAAGCACAGCCCUGAAAGGAUCUGGGAGUAGUAUAAUGAGUGUCCCUGAUAUCAGCAGCAGAGAAAGCCAAUUGGAUUCUGCUGGAGCCCUUCUAGGAAACCAUGCUUACUCCCAGUCCCCUGUGAUGGAGGAAGAUGAGGAUGUAGACAGUGAUCUCAUGCCUGGUGAUGAGAGCGAGGUGGAGAUACGACGGGUGGAUGUCACCAAACCAUUCGGUGGAACCACCCCACCAGUCCUGCAUAAUGAUGUCUCUGGAGGCUUGAGGAUGAGGAGAGAGGUUAGCUUUGAUAUUGACAUCAUUGGGGAGGAGUCUGUGGAUGCUGAGAAGACUAUUCAGGGUCAGAAGAAGGGACCGCACCAGCAACAAAUGAAGAGUGAGAAGUUCCCUGGGAUUGGAGCUAGCAAGGUAUCCAAGCAAGCAGGAGAGAAAUACCAGGGAAAGCUGACACCACUUACAAGAAGGCUCCAGGCUAAUGUGGUAUCUGACCUUGAUGGCAUCAAUGGCUGGCCCUGGGAGGUGGCCUUUGCCUACACUGAGCUCAUGGGUCAUCUAUGUCUCCAUGGCAACACAUCAAACAUUCAGAAAAGAGCAUUGGUUGGAGACCGUAAGCCUGACUAUAGGAGUGCCCCUACUGUCACAUCUCAAAAACUCAAUGGACUAGAGAGUGCAGGUCUGCUAGACAUGGCUGAGUAUGAGAAUCCACCUGAGGAUGAUUUGGGUCUUACUGAAGACUGGUCAUGGAGAGUGCGCUAUGCAGCAAUCCUAGCACUGGUCAAACUAAGCCGUUGUCUGGAAGGUGAUACCAAUAGAGAAGGGUUGCGCACCACAGCCUGGAACUUCCUGAUGAUAAGACAUAGUAAAGAGAGGGAUGACAGGGUCAUGGAAGCUUUCAGAGUUGGACAGGUUGAUGCCCACCUUGAGAAAGAAAUGCAGAAAUGUCCCAGCAAACACAGCCUGAAUGGUCGCCUAGCUGCUGGCCUAGCCUCCACCUACCUACCACCCCUGGCUCCUGUAGUUCAACAACCCAAGAAACCACAACUGAAGAAAGUAGAGCUGCCCAAACCAAUGGAACCAAUCAGGAAGGGACCAAAUAGGCUCUCACUCAGAGAAGAGCUUCAGGUGGCCACAGCAUUGCAGGACCAACAGCCACAAGUAGGGCUCUAUUCUAGAACCAACAUGGACCUAAAAAGGAUUGUUGAAGAUCAGUGGAGGAAAGAGUUACAAGAGCAGCUAGAAGAGGAAGAGAAGGAGAAGAGGGAAUACUUGGAAGAGCAACAAGCAAAUUUGGAGAUAAGGGAGAGAGAAGUGGCUGAAAUCAGGUCUAGCAAGUUUCUUAGCUCUACAACACCACCAUUGUAGUUGUAGAUGGGGAUUUAGCACGUGCCUUCCAUAGUACCAUAUAUUAUAUUUGGAUUAAAAUUUUUACCAAGCAUGACAGCAUGUUCUUUAGUUAUUGUAAUGAUGAGAGCCUGAUUAUAUAUAUUUUUCUAAAUUGUGAUGAUGAUCAUAAUCAAAGGAUUGGCUUAAUAAUAACACUAUGAGUAUACAAUGUAUGCUCAUGUAUUGUACAUGGUCAUGACAAACAAUUGCCAAUAUGUCAAAGCAGUUUUUCAAAUAAUUUUAUUCCAAGCUUGUGCUUAUUUACUUCUAAGUUAAAUUCAAUCAAAGUCAAACUGACUUUAGUUGUUCCAAGUGAUUGACUUGGGCAGACUUACCAAACUCUUUGAAACAGCUUGUACUGGAUGAGAGUUGAUUUAGCUCGAAACAUUUUUGUGAGGAUUUUAUUUCAUUUGUUCAAGACCUAAUGGUUAAAGUUUUAUUUCUUCUGGAAUGGGAAAGAUGUGUACCAGAUAAAGAACACGUUUAAAGAGAAAUUCCAGUAUUUGCAGUAAACACUGAUUUCAUGAGAAAGCCUGUAAAACCAGGCUUAAUCGUCAGUA